GAGCUGGUGCGGCCCGGCGGGCACCCUGCCCACGGGUGCCAGCUCACAGCCCUGGCCCUGGAGGCUGCCCAGCUGCACCUGAGCCUGCAGCCCGAGCCCCCCGAGCUGUACCUGGAGAGGAUCCUGUUCCACGUGCUCCGCAAUGCCGCGGCGUGGGUGGGCGCCCACACCUGGCCCGUGGCCGAGCUGCUGCGGGCGCGGCUCCGGCAGUGCCACCGGCGCCACCGCGACUGGGCCGCCGUCACCUCCAGCGCUUUCGGGGUGCUCUGGAGAUCUGCGGCCGCUUUGGCAGGGCCAGAACGGCCCCGGGAGGAGGGCAGGGCGGUGCUGACGGCCAGGAUCCGCGCCCUGCGCUUCCUGCUGCUGCUGGAAUCCCAGGAUAAGGAGCCGUCCCCUCGGGAAUCCUUCCAGCCGCCGUUCUUCACCUCGCAGACCGCCCAGCACGCCGCGGCCGCCGCCGUUCUCUACGAGGCUCAGAGAGCUCCGUGCCCGCUUUUCCUGGCCAAGCAGCUCCAGGAAUUGCUGCUGGACACGCUCAGGGAUGAAUCCCCAAAGCCUCCGAGCCUCCAGGACUCCCUGUGCUUCCUGGAGCUCACCCUGGAGCGCUGCCGCCACCUCUGCAAGGCGCGGCGGCCCCGCGACGCUCUGGAGGCUCUGGAAGGUUCCCGAAGGUUCCUGGAGGGAGCUGGGAGUGCUCUGGGAGCCCCUCUGGAGCUGCUGGAGGCCGGGAUCCAGCUCAGCCGGGCCCUGCCAGCCAAGGCAGUGGGCGCCGUGGGGCCGGCGCUGAGGCGGGCGGGAGCGGCGCUGGCGGCGGAAUGUUCCGGAAGGUUCCUGAAGGUGCUGCUGGAGAGCUCCCAGUUCGUGCUGGGGCAGCUCGGGGAGGUGCUCAGGAAGGGCCGGGAGCUGCCCCUCGGCCUCCAGGAGCUGCCUGGCAUCUGUGGCUUCUGCCAGGGCCACGGGCGGGCGCUGUGGCGGCUGCUGGCACAGGUCCCUGCUGACUCCACCAGGGAUCAGGUGGUGCUGAAGCAGUUGCUGUUCCAGGGCCUCCAGCUCUUCUCCAACGCCGUCCACGAAAUAUUCCAGCGCUGCCAGCCCUCGGAGGGGCCGGAGCUGUCCCAGGUGACCACGAGCUGUGUCCAGAGCGUCACCUGGAUGCUGCAGGGGCUGCAGGGGCUGCCCGAGGCCGAGAGGGGCAAAUUCCUCGAUGUCACCGCCGUGGUCGCCGCCCGCCUGGGCCAGGCCCUGCAGAGCCGGAACGUUCCGGAAGCGGCCGGAGCCGUGUGCGAGCCCCUGUGCCGGGCAGUGCUGGAUGGCCAUGGCUACAGCUGGGCUGGGGUCACCCCCGAGAGGCUCCACAGGUGUUUCCGGCUGCAGGUGCAGAGCUGGCGCUGCCAGGGGCACCCAGAGCGGGCCCUGGACACAGUGGCACAGUGGCUGCUGGCCCUGGGGACACCUUCCCAGGGCUUGGGGACACCUUCCCAGCCCGGCUCCCUGGUGGCUGAGCUGGUGACGCUCUGGGCCAGGAUCAAGACGGAGGCGGCCAAACAGGGAGCAGAGGAGCUGAGGCUGAGGACCCUGCGGGACGCCCUGGAGCCCCAGUGCCAGCCCCUGUGCGGGGACGCGCUGCUGCUGCUGCUGCUGGCCGAGCUCCAGGCCUACAAAUCCCUGCGGGGCCCCACGGGGCCGGAGCGCUACAACGUGCUGUGCGACCUGCUGGGGCUGUGGGACCCCGAGGGGAGCUGGGCCAGGGCGGUGGCGCUGCUGGAGCUGGGACAGCUCCUGUGCAACCACAGCUUCAGUGCUCACACGGAAUGCUCGGCCCUGGACGCCAUCCAGGAGUCCCUGAGGCUGCUGGAGUCGCUGGCCCAGAAUUCCCAAAUCUGCAAUUCCCAAAUGCGGGAUCAGCUCCUGGAUGAACGGGCCCAGGCCCUGCUCUGGCUCCACAUCUGCACCCUCGAGGCCCUCCUGGAAAAGAGCGUGGCCCGGGAUCGGCGCGGCCGGGGCCGGGCCCAGGGGGAUCAGGAGGAGCCCGAGGGGGAUCAGGAGCCCCAGGGGGAGCGGCCGGGGGCGCCCGACGGGAUCUGCUGCAGCCUCAGCUCCGACCACGCUCUGUCCAAGCCCCUGGACGAGGCCUUUUCCCUGUGGAAGAAGCUUCUGGAACAUCCCGGAGUUCCCUCCGUGCGCAGCCCCGAGCAGACCCUGAGCUCCCUGCAGCUCCUGGCAGCGCUCUACCGGCUCCAGGACAAGCCCAUCCAGGCCCUGGAGAGUUUCCAGCUGCUGCUCUCCCUGUGCCGGCGCCUCGGGGAUGGUUUGGGGGCGGCCAACGCCCUGAGCCAGAUCUGCAGGAGCCUGCUGCAGCUGGGGAGCCCUGGGCAGGCUCAGGUUUUCCUGGAGGAGCUGGAAUUUUGCCUGGGGGAGGACGAGGGCACCGAGGAUUCCCGGCUGCUCCUGCGCCACUCCCGGCUCCUGCUGCGCAGCCAGCUCUGCUGCGGAUCAGGGUGGAUCAGGGCGGAUCAGGGCGUGCCCCUGCUGCUGCAGGCCCUGAGGGAGCCCCAGGCCCCCAGGCCCACCCGGGGCUGGUUCCUGGCCCAGGCCCAGGCCCUGCAGGUCCUGGCCUCGUUCCUGGAGCUGCCCCCGGCGCACCUGGAGCUGCCAAUGCGGGAGCUGAUCCGGCGGCAGGGCUGGAGCAGCCCCAAGGUGGCCCUGCUGGAGGCGCAGAAGCUGCUCAGGAGUGUCCUGGUGUCCCUGAUGGGCAGCGAGGUCCUGGGCAGCGCCCGCGGCCGCCCGCCCGAGGAGCCCGGCCCCGACUGCGGCCCGGCGCUGGUGCACAAGUGGCAGGUGCUGGGGGACGCCCUGGGCUGCUGCCAGCGCCUGGUGACGCUGCUGGGCCACUGCGAGGUGCUGUGCAGGGCCAGGGCCUUCUGCAGCGAGGGGCUGACCAUGGCCGGACACCUGCAGGCCGCCCGCCGCACUGAGGGACUGAGCAUGGCCGGACACCUGCAGGCCGCCCGCCGGUGUGCGUGGUUCCUGGUGCUGCAGUCCCAGCUGGAGCUGCAGCAGGGGGAGCUGGAGCUGAGCCAGUCCCACCUCCAGCACGCCCAGUUCCUGCUCCAGCCACAGACUGAACCCAAACCCCGCCGGGAGCCUCGGCCCCGCCGGGCCAGGAUCCAGCUCCGGAAGGGCCCCCUGGACAGGAGGAACCCCCUGGACCCCAUUGCUGACCCCGUUCCUGGCGGGGAUGAGGAUGAGGAGUUCCUGAAGGGUCCCUCCCUGGCCCUGCUGGCCCCGGCCGCGCUCCCGGAGCAGCCGGACGCCCUCACGGCCUCGCCGGAGCUGAAGGAGAGAAAAGCCUGGAAAAGUCUGGAAUUCCUGUCCCACCCCUCGGGGUGUCCCUGCUCCUUCUGCCGUGACCCUGCCCUGGUGGCCCUGGGGCUGCGCUGGCUCCUGGCACAGGCCAGGACGUGGCUGCUGGCCGGGGAGGUGGCACCGGGGCUGGCACUGGUCAGGAGGGUGCUGCCCCGGUGUGCCAGCGCUGGCACCCGCCUGGCACGGGAGCUGUGGGGCAGGGUGCAGGGUGUGGGGCUUGGGGACAUGGGCAGGGACAGGGACAGGAGUGUGUCAGACCCCUCUGGCAAUGGGGACACCAUGAGGAAUGGGGACAAGAAGCUGCAGGGCCCCUCUGAGGAUGGGGACAUGAUAAAGGAUAAGGGAAUUCCUGGCAAUGGGGACAUUGUCAGGGAUGGGGACAGGAGUGUGUCGGACCCCUCUGGGAAUGGGGACAUGGUCAAGGGUGGGGACAGGAGUGUGUCAGACCCCUCUGGGAAUGGGGACACCAUCAGGGACAGGAGUCUGCAGGACCCCUCUGGGAGUGGGGACCCCUUCAGGGAUAAGGGAAUUCCUGGGAAUGGGGACAGAAAUCAGCAGGAGCCCUCCAGGAAUAAAAACCCCUCUGGGAAUGGGGACAUCAUCAGGGACAGGGACAUUUCUGGGGACAGGGACAUCCUUGGGGACAGGAGUGUGCAGGACCUCUCCAGGAACGGGGACAGCAUUGGGGACAGAGACCUGUGGGAUCCCUCCAGGCACAGAGACCCCUCUGGGGAUGGGGACACCAUCAGGGAUGGGGACCCCCUUGGGGACAGCACCCCAGCCCCACUGGCUGAGCUGGUGGCCACUGGCUACUCCACGCUGGCCCUGCAGAGCCUGGCCAGUGCCUCCCAGUGCCCCCCAGUUUGGGACGAGGAGCUGGAGCGGGGUCUGAGCCUUUUGGGGUCCCUCAGUCCCCCCGUGGCCGGCCUGGGCGUGGCCGUGGCCACUCUGCUGCUGGCCAAAGCCGUGGCCACCCUCGGCCGCGUGGCCGCCGCCCUCGGUCACUCCGUGGACGAUGUCCUGGCCCAGGCCUGGACCCCUCGUCCCCCACCCACCCCCAACCCCGCAAAACCCCCAAAAACCCCCAAAGCUCCCCCCAAAACCGAACCCCAAAAAGCCAAACCCCCCAAAACCAAGAUCGGAAAGACCCCAAAAGUGAAGCCCCCCAAGUUUGGGGACGUUUUCGCCCUUGGGGACUCGGACCCCGAGGUUCCCCCCAUUGUCCUGAGACCAGGGGGGCCCUGCACCCCCCACCCCAAAUUGGGGGCGCCCCCAAAGGCGCUGCUGGGGGGGCCCGGGACCCCCUUCACCAUCUUCAGCGAGGAGCCCUCCCCGCCCGGGGGCCGCUCCCGGCUCCGCAGGGCCCCCAAAAUCCCAGCCAGGGUCAAGUCUCGCAUCAGGGUGACAUUCAGUGACAGCGACCCCGAGGAGCCCCAAAAGCCCCCAGAUCCCCCCAAAACCACCCAGAAAAUUUCCUCUGCCAAGAGGAGGAUUCAGCCCCAAAAAUCCCCCAGGAAUUCUCCAGGAAUUGGGGCUCGGACCCGGCGGGGACGGCCCCGAAAGGAGCUGGGGACCCCCAAAAAGAGGGAAAAAAGGGGAAUCAAGCACGAGGAAAAUGUGGAAAAAAAGGAAAAUGACAUCCCCCAAAUGGCUCUGGAAAAGAGGGAAAGAAGGGGAAACUCCAGAGUGGAAAAUGUGGAAAAAACGGGAAAUCCUAACAUGGAAAAUGUGGAAAAAAUGGGAAAUCCCAAAAUGGAAAAUGUGGAGAAAAGGGGAGAUCCCGAAAUGGAAAAAACGAGACAUCCCAAAAUGGAAAAUGUAGGAAAAAUGGGAAAUCCCAAAAUGGAAAAUGUGGAAAAAAUGGGAAAUCCCAAAAUGGAAAAUGCGGGAAAAAUGGGAAACCCCAAAACGGAAAAUGUGGAAAAGAAGAAGGGAAAACCCAAAAAACCUCUGGAGAAGAAGGAGAACAGGGGUCCCCGCCGGGCUGGGGGUCCCAGGGAGAAGAAGGAGAGGGGGAACCCCCAAAGUGGAAUUUUGGAGGAAAAGAGGAACUGGGAAUUUUCUGGGAUUGAGGAGCGGGACCCCCUGAGGGCCGUGGAGGAGGAAGAGGAGGAGGAGGAGGAAGAGGAGAUGAGCUUCGAGCUCCCCCCGCUACCCCCAGGUGGGGCCAGCAAGGAAAUGCCAGGAACUGGGGACAAGGGGGACCCCCUAAAUCCAGAGGGAGCCCAGCCCUCUGCCCAGCCUGGUGUCCCCUCCCUGGCCGCUGUCCGCUCGCUGCUGGCCGAGGCGCUGGCCUGGCUGGGGCACUGUCCCCCGGGCUCUGUCUAUGCCCAGCUGUGCCAGCUGCUGGCGCUGGCCCUGGGGGACAGGGACCCGCUGGGCACGGCGGGGCUGCUGGCCGAGUCCCUGGGUGUCACCCUGCGCCACCAGCUGCUGGCCAUCGUCCACGCCAGGGCACGGAAGGAGAGGAAAGCAGCAGCAGCCGGAGGGGACAUCUCAGAUCAGCUCCGGGGCCUCUCCCUGGAUUCCCAAAGUUCCCAGGAUUCCCAAAAUUCCCAGGAUUCCCAGUCCCACCUGGCCAAGCUCGAGGAGCUUUUCCAGUUCAGCUCCGCGGGUUUGGGGCCGGCGCAGCGGGAGCGGUUCCGGGAGCAGCUCCAGAAGAUUCCCAAUGGUGUCACGGUGUGCCAGCUGUCCCUGGUCAGUGCCACCCCCGGUGCCCUCGGGGACACGCUGCUGCUGACCCGGCUGGAGCGCGGCCAGGAGCCCGUCAGCGUGCGCAUCGCCACCGAGCGCUGCCAGGCCCCCCUGAGCGGGAUCCUGCGGGAAUUCGAGCGGAUCCAGCGGGAGCAGCGCGAGGCCAAUGCCUGCACCGAGCGCCAGGAGUGGUGGGAGCGGCGAUCCCGGCUGGACCUGCGCAUGCAGAGCCUGAUCCAGAGCCUGGACUCGGAGGUUUUGGGGUGCUGGCGGGGGCUGCUGCUGCCCCGGGAUCCUGAGAAUUCCCCCCUGGAUGAGCAGGAAUUGUCCCAGCUGCUCCAGGAGCUCCAGGAAUGCGGCUGGGAGCGCCCCGAGCCCGCCCUGCUCCGGGUGCUGCUGUCCGUGCUCUGCCCGGCCGAUGCCCGCUCUCUGGCCGCUGCCCUGUGCCCGGCCCGGCCGCUGCGGGCGCGGCUGCUGCUGGACGAGGCCCUGGAGCGGCGCCGGGAGAGCCCCGGGGGCAGCGCGGGGUCCCUGGUGCUGCUGCUGGACAGGCACCUGCAGCGCCUCCCCUGGGAGAGCUCCGGGACCCUGCGGAACGUUCCGGUGACGCGGCUGCCGGGGCUGCGCUUCCUGCUGCGCUACGGGCUGGGACAGCAGCGCUCGGGGUCGGUGCUGAGCCGGGGCGUGAACCCCAAAAACGCUUUCUACGUGCUGAACCCCCAGCGGGACCUGGGCGGCACCGAGGAGCGGUUCCGGGCCUGGUUCGAGAGUGAGCCCGGCUGGCGUGGGGUCUCGGGGGCGGCGCCGACCCCGCAGCAGCUGCAGGAGGCACUGGGGGAGCGCGACCUCUACAUUUACGCCGGUCACGGAGCCGGGGCGCGGCUCCUGGACGGGCAGAGCCUCGCCCGCCUCCCCUGCCGGGCCGUGGCUUUGCUCUUCGGCUGCUCCAGCGCCGCCCUCGCCCCACGGGGAACGCUCGAGCCCUCGGGCCCCGUGCUCAAAUUCGUCCUGGCCGGGUGCCCGCUGGUGCUGGGGAACCUGUGGGACGUCACGGACCGGGACCUGGACCGGCUGGCGCAGGCGCUGCUGCGGGGGUGGCUGGGGGGGGGCCCCGGGACCCCCCUUUUGGGGCAGCUGGCCCAGGCCCGCCAGGCCCCCCGCCUCAAAUCGCUCAUCGGGGCCGCGCCCGUGGCCUACGGGCUGCCCGUCAGCCUCUGCUGAGGGGAGGCUGGGGGGCCUUGGGGUGUUUGAGGUUCCCCUGUUGUCAGGAGUUAAGGUUUGGGGUCCCUUUGGCAUCUUUGGGGUUCCCCCAUUGCCGGGAGUGAGGGUUUGGGGUUCCCCCAUUGUUGGGAGUGAGAGUUUGGGGUCCCUUUGGUGCUUUUGGGGUUCCCUCAUUGCCGGGAGUGAGGGUUUGGGGUUCCCCCAUUGUUGGGAGUGAGAGUUUGGGGUCCCUUUGGUGCUUUUGGGGUUCCCUCAUUGCCGGGAGUGAGGGUUUGGGGUUCCUUUGUCAUCUUUGGGGUCCCCCCAAUGCUUGGAGUGAGGGUUUGUGGUCUCUUUGGGGCUCUUCCAUUACCAGGAGUGAAGAUUUGGGGUUCCCCCAUUGCCUGGAGUGAGAGUUUGGGAUCCCUUUGGCAUCUUUGGGUUUCCCCCAUUGUCAGGAGGGAAAGUUUGGGGUCCUUUUGUCAUCUUUGGGGUCCCCCCAUUUCUGAGAGAGCUGCCCUGGGGUGAAGGUUUGGGGUCCCUUUGGUGCUUUUGGGGUUCCGCCAUUGUCAGGAGUGAGGGUUUGGGGUCCCUUUGUCACCUUUGGGGUUCCCCCAUUGCCUGGAGUGAAUUUUCGGGGGGGAUUCCAGUUGUUUUUGGGGUCCCCCCAUUAUUUAUAGGGGAGAACUGGGGGGUGCCCCCAUUGCCUGGGGGGCAUUUUGGGGUCCACUUGUGGCCUCUGGACUCCCCCAUUUGUUAAUUUUGGGGUCCCCCCCAUUGCCUCUGGUGACAAUUUUGGGGCUCCCACCCCGCGGGGAUUUUUGGGGUGUCUGAAGGGAGAGGGGAGGGUCGGAACUGCCUUAAUUUUAACAGAAUUUUAACAAAAUUUUUAACAAAAUCUGUUUUUAUUUUUGCCUGUUUUGCAACAAUAAAGCUGCUGCCUCUGCACUGA